CUUCACCAUCUCUUUCGCCAACCCACGACUACUAACCCCAACCCUCCCGCGACCGGCAGAUCACACGAUUCGAGAUGGGUCACUCAUACGGAAAGAGAGCGGGCACCCGCUAUGCCUUCAGCCGGGACUUCCGCAAGAAGGGUAUGAUUGCCCUGAACACCUACCUCCGACAGUACCGCGUUGGAGAUAUCGUCGACAUUAAGGCGAACGGUGCCGUCCAGAAGGGUAUGCCCUUCAAGGUCUACCACGGAAAGACUGGUGUCAUCUACAACGUCACCAAGUCCGCUGUCGGUGUCAUCAUCUACAAGCAGGUCAAGCACCGAUACAUCGAGAAGCGAAUCAACGUCCGAAUCGAGCACAUCUCGCAGUCCCGAUCUCGUGAGGACUUCCUCAAGCGAGUCAAGGCUAACGCCGAGGCCAAGCGUGAGGCCAAGGCCACCGGAACCGUUGUCCAGGUCAAGCGUCAGCCCCUUGGACCUCGUGGCGCCCACACACUGUCGCUCUCCGAGAACCCCCCCAUGACCGUUACCCCUCUUGCCUACGAGACCACGAUCUAAAAGAAAAGAUAUUGCGGGGGUUGGUGGUGCUUGCUUCUAUUUAUUUGGGGUAUUGCGUCCGGAUGGGAAAGAAUUCUGCAUGGCAAGGGCUUGCCUUUUGAUGUCUGUACGGCAUAGGACCAGAAAAAAGACAUCGUUUGAAGCAUCCCCUUCUCUGUAUUAGAAGAUACCUCUGGUGAAUUGUGACCGGCCCAUAUAGAAGGCCCGGUGAUGACUUGGCGUAAAAUGAACUGACGCUUCUCCCAAUGCCCUUCCAA